AUGCCCCUCUGCAGAGAGUUAAGAAAAAAAGACAUCCUGGGAGAGAAUGUUUGUCGAUAUACAGUGUGGGCAAAGGAAUCGGCAUCUUCUGAAAUAAUUGUCUAUCUCUCUUUCUUUCUUACCUACCGUUCUAUCUUUCUUUCUUUCUUUCUUUCUUUUUUUCUUUCUUUCUUUCUACCUAUCUAUCUAUUUAUCGAUCUAUCUCUGUUCAGUUUCUCCCUAUCUAUCUAUCUAUCUAUCUAUCUAUCUAUCUAUCUAUCUAUGUUCAGUCUGUUUAUAUCUAUCUAUCUAUCUACCAUUCAUCUAUCUAUCUAUCUAUCUAUCUAUCUAUCUAUCUAUCUAUCCACUGGGCCAUAUGAAGAUAACCGUCCAAAUAAUGUAAAUUAUGCUUUCUUUCUUUCUUUCUUUCUUUCUUUCUUUCUUUCUUUCUUUCUUUCUUUCCACCUAUCUAUCUAUCUAUUUAUCGAUCUAUCUCUGUUCAGUAUCUAUCUAUCUAUCCACUGGGCCAUGUGUCCUUGA